UUCUACUCUCUUCAUCCUAGCUUAUUUUCAGCUGGAGAAAUAAUAGUAAGUUUUGGUAGAAGUCAGGGUUCUUCUUUCCAGCCAGUGUUAGGUAGGAGCAGGGGAGCGUCAUGGCACGAUUGGUGUAAUUUUUAUUUUUUUCCCCGGACCAGAAUAAGGCGAGGGAGGCUUCAUGCAAAGCGCCACCGUGAUCACAUCCCAGCCGCCGGAGAUGCCAAGAGCUGCUUGGGGCCAUUUUCACCCGCUGUUAAAGACCUGAGCCGCCUUUCUGCACCGUUCUGGGCUGCUUUUUGGGAUUAUCAGAGGCGUUACAGCAUGGCUUUGGUGACGCUGCAGAGAUCUCCGACCCCGAGCACGGCCAGCGCGAGCACCGCCAACGCCGAAACGGAUUUCGGGAGUGAGGAUGACCGAAGGCUGAAUCAGAGUCUGAGCGAGAGCUUCUUCAUGGUGAAGGGAGCUGCGUUGUUCCUGCAGCAGGGCAGCAGUGCGCAGGGUCAGAGGACUCACUCCCAUCACAAACAUGCAGGAGAUUUACCUCAGCACCUACAGGUGAUGAUCAACAUUCUUCGCUCAGAGGACCGAAUCAAACUGGCGGUUCGGUUGGAGAGUGCAUGGUCAGAUCGUGUGCGGUACAUGGUGGUGGUUUACACAAGCGGCAGACAGGACACGGAGGAAAAUAUUCUGCUGGGCAUGGAUUUCAACAAUAAAGACAGUAAAAGCUGCUCUAUAGGGAUGGUCCUGCCUCUUUGGAGCGACACAAAGAUCCAUUUGGACGGAGACGGGGGAUUCAGCAUGACAACGGCGGGACGCACACACAUCUUUAAGCCCGUCUCCGUUCAGGCCAUGUGGUCAGCGCUGCAGGUGCUGCACAAAGCGUGCGAGGUGUCGCGGCGAUAUAACUACUUUCCCGGUGGAAUUGCGCUCACCUGGACGGGCUACUAUGAGAGCUGCAUCUCCUCCGAGCAGAGCUGCAUCAACGAGUGGAACGCCAUGCAGGACCUGGAGACCAUGCGGCCCGAUUCGCCCGCCAUGUUCGGAGACAAGCCCACGGAGAGAGAGCGAACAGAAUGCCUCAUCAAAACCAAACUCAGGAGCAUCAUGAUGCUGCAGGACCUGGAGAAUGUGACGUCGAAGGAGAUUCGUACUGAGCUCGAGCAGCACAUGAACUGCAAUCUGAAGGAGUACAAAGAGUUCAUCGACAAUGAGAUCCUGCUGAUCCUGGGUCAGAUGGAUAAAGCCACGCUCAUAUUCGACCACCUCUAUCUGGGAUCUGAAUGGAACGCUUCCAAUCUGGAGGAGCUUCAGGAGACAGGGGUGGGCUACAUCCUGAAUGUCACACGAGAGAUUGACAACUUUUUCCCUGGGACUUUUUGUUACCACAACGUGCGCGUGUACGAUGAGGAGACCACGGACCUCCUGGCUCACUGGAAUGACACGUACAACUUCAUCGUUAAGGCUAAGAAGAACCAAUCCAAGUGUCUGGUCCACUGUAAGAUGGGUGUAAGCCGCUCGGCGUCCACGGUCAUAGCCUACGCCAUGAAAGAGUACGGCUGGACCCUGGAGAAAGCCUACAACUUUGUCAAACAGAAACGUAGCGUCACGCGGCCAAACGAAAGCUUCAUGAGACAGCUGGCUGAAUACGAAGGCAUUCUGGAUGCAAGCAAGCAGCGUCACAAUCGGCUGUGGCAUCCGGACUCUGAAUGCGAUCACCCUGACUGUCAGCGUCCUGCAGCACCCUGCUGCGUCGACGACUCAUCCCCGGAGGCCGGUCCUUCCUGCUGCGAGGCCGCUGCCCACACUUCACCCCUUGCUUUGGAACUCGACCCUUCUAACCCCCAGAACUACAACUACUACUUCAGACGUCUGUCAGACUCGGCCCUGGACAGCGAACCGUCGACGCCGGUGCGUAUGCCGGCGCCUCUGCUGGAUGUGGAUCGAGUCUACAUUGAGAUAGAAGACGUGGAACGUGACGCCCUGCUGGAUGACGAGGCAUUCGAAACGCCCCGCUUCGCUGCACCCGUUGGAGAGGGAACGGCGGCGCAGACUUGCACUCGUGGUGCCGAGCCUUUGGAGGAGCUGCGUCUGCGUCUGGAGUUCAGCACUGUAGAGGAGGAAGAUGAGGAGGAGGCAAAGAAAGAGCAGGAGGAGAUGCAGGCACUGGCCGAGGGGGGGAGAAGAGAGAGGGAAGGGGGUGCAGGGGAGGAGAGCGGCAUCGAUCUGGGUAACAUGAAUCACCUCUGCAACGAGAACUCCAACAACAACAACCACCUCCGGACACGAAACAGCCUUGCUGAGAGUGCCCUUAAAAAACAGUCGUCUAGCCCCAGACCACCAUCCAGCUCUCUUUCAACCUCCAGUACUGUCUCUAAUGCCAGUGGAUGUGGCUUUGCCCCCUUACCCAUCUCUGGUGUGCCUAGUAUCUCUGUAGAAGUGCCAUCCUGCACCAGUGUUGAAGUCAAGGCUGUCACACCCACACGACUACGUCUUUGUGGACCAAACUGCAAAUGCAACAAGUGCACCAAGACAGCUUCAGAUUCAUGCAGCACAUCAGCCAUUCCACUCUCGGUGCUUAAGGACAAGUCUGGAAGCCAGUCACACAAACCUGAUCUUCAGCCAACGAAGGAUACAGCACAGGGUCAAGGGGUCAAAGAGAACGAAGGGUCAAGGGGCAAGAACAAGGCAGAAGAGAAGUCUCUGAGUUUAUUUAGAGAGGGAAGCUCACAGCAGCAGCAGGAGACGUUAGACCAGCUACAGAGGUCCGGCCUGGUUAGGCGGCGAGCGGAGAGACUGGAGAAACUGUCCGGCUUGUUCCAGGAGCGAUUCCGUGAACACGCAGGAGCUGCUGCAACACACUACUCUGCGGAGACGCCAGAACGUCCUUCUGCUUCUUUAGACACUUCGUCUGGAAUGGUCAGUACUCCAGCAGACUUCUGGACGUCAGUGCCACCUGCAGUUGAGGAUUCGGGAGCACUGACGCCAGUCUAUUCCCCGCACGGCUCCACGCUGACACGCAGCUCAAGCAGUGACAGCAUCCGCAGCGUUCGCGGAAAGCCGGGUCUGGUUCGCCAGCGGGCACAGGAGAUAGAAGCGAGGAUGCGCCUGGCCGGACUCACAGUGCCUUCCCGUUUAAAGCGCUCCAACUCGUUGGCCAAACUCGGCAGCCUCACCUUCUCCACGGAGGACCUCUGCUCCUCAGCGUGCUCUUCUGACGCUGGCACCCUUCUCCUUCUCACGCUCUCCCCAGAGCCAGAAGUCACUUCCAGUCCAGAUUGGGAUCGUGCCAAUCUCUGCUCUGCCACUACAGCCAUGGAGCUCUUCAGUCCAGGAGCAACAGGAACAUCUGAGCCCAGGAGCUGACAGUAAGAAAUGAGGGAUUUGUGCAAGAUGAUGAUGUACUUGAACAAAGAUUCUCUUCCUGAAAACCAACUUCUCUUAAACGGUAGGCUCGGCCAUCCGCAAAUCAAUACCCAGGUCGGGCGUUAGGGUUUGCAGUAAAAAGAUCUCUUUAAUGGGUGGAUUGAACAAGGCUUUGCUGAAGUUCCUGCCACUUGUGUGCAAGGAUGAUGCUUAACCCAAAAUUUAAAAUGUAGAGUUGGGGGGAAAAACAGGGUUUGCAAGAAAAAAAACAAAAACUGCUGUCCCAAAAGCCUUUCGUCGUAUCUGAGAAGACUUGUCAUCUAGAAAUGGCAUCAAAGGGAACAUCCGGUCGAAGAGUUGGGAAUAAACAGACCUUUUAAAUGCUGUGAAUAUAAAAAAAAAUAUGCUACUCAAGGAAACAGGAUAUCCAAAUAUUUUGAGAAGGUUCUUGUUGGUUUAAGACUUUUGUUGCAUGGAACUGAAGCUGCAAAUGUGUAAUUAAAAACUACUUGUACACCGAGUGCUCUUCGGCCAAGCGUCUAAGGAAACCAUCGCUUUUGGUUCCCCUUCCUGCUGAGCAGCCAUAUUUCACAAGAAAUUGCUACCUGUUGUCUGUUCGUCUACACGUCUGAGUCUGGUUUCGGUGUAAAUCUCAUCUUCCUGCUUACUCGCAUUUUGACAAUGCUUCUGACGAGCAGCGGGAAAAGCGAUUUCUCAAUCAGUGCUGGUGACUUUGUGCGCCCUGAGAAGUUGUUUCCAGGAAGGAAGAACACGAUUCUUUUUCAAUCUCUCUGCUGUUCACUCUGCUCUGUAUAUCAACACAUGUUGCUGGAGAUAAUUAGCUGUAUUUUGCUCUGGUCUGAAUUCCAUGGUUUAUUUUACCAUUGAAUGUUAACACUGGGCGCGUUGACGGCCGUCAGGACUCGUUUGAUAAAUUGUAUCGAAAAAAACCCGAAGGUUUGUUCGAGUGUGUGUGAGAAGACUUCCAAGUCCUCUCAAGGUGUUUUGGAGAAACAGUGGGCGAUAAUUUGUCGCAGGCCCUCGUAGUGAUGACCGCUUUGAAUGCUUUAAUAUGGAAGGUAUCACUUUAGCACCUUAGGGAUUUUUUUUUUUUUUGAAUAUCUGUCAAGAAGAAAAAAUGUGAUUCAGUCAAAGUGCUACAUUUCGGGGCUAUUUAAAUCUCUACCGUCGUUUACCCGGUUGCGGGUAGGAUAAUGAGAAACUAAUCCUGGUUGUCGUGUAACGUCCAGAGCUAUGUAUUCCAGCGGUAGAACUCUCCAAGGGCAGCUCCAAUCAACCCCUAACUUGGCGCACACACUUUGUGUACUGGGUUAUAGCACAAAAAUUAAUAUAUUUCUUCAAAUUCCACAAAUUUUAACAAACAAGCCAACGACAAACCAGCAAUGCAAAUCACUGGAUGCUGAAACAUCCUAUAAAUGCAGCGCGAGGACGCUUUUUUAACAUCAGCCCGAGACAAGCUUCCUGAGCGUACUCUGCGUUCACACUAGCGAGUGGCGUAAGUCGUGAAUCCAGCAAUAAGUGACAGUAGGGUUCAGACAACGUCUGAAUUAAGAUUUUCUUCAAUAUGUUACAAGUUACAAACCAAGAAUAAUUGGGGACGGUUAAAAAAAUCUUUUUCCUGGCCAAACUUCAGACUUGAGCAUCAAUUUAAAAAAUAAAAAAUAAAAUUUUUAUCAAAAUAUGUUUGCAUUUGAGGUAGCAAAAUUUAGCAGUUUGUCGAUGCUCCUACAGGGGGUGCACUCUGAACUAAUCGCACACUGGCAGGCAGCACAGCGUCUUGCGCGGUAGGAGCAAAUUAUUUGCUAAAUGAGCUUAGAAUUGUAACAAAAUCAAAUAAAAAUAAUAUUUAAUUGAGAAACUUAUGAAAUCAUGAUACUCGCAGAAUCGAAUACAAAUCGAAUCUGUGUCUCAGUAUUGUGAUGAUUAUCGUCUCGGGUCGUCCCUCGGGUUGUUUGUCUGCCAGACUCCACACCAUCACAGCUUCAGUUCCUACUUACAUCUAGUCCUAAUUCUACACCGUUAGAUGCUUAAAAGUAAAACAGAACCUAAAGUUACCCAAGUUCUCCCUUCCUGUAGUAUUUAAAUGUAACUCAAACACACAGAUUUAUAUGAAGUGUACAUCAGAGCAUGUCUACUAAAUGAAAACCCGACCCAGUGGAGACGUGUAGAUUAAUUUAAUGUAACAGGAUGUCCCUGAAGUGUGAUUUUUAUUUUAUUUUAAUCCUUUUUUAAUCACAUCAACUCUGUGUGACUUUUUAUUCAUUUUAUGCACUGUACAUGAAACGUCAUUAGGUUUUAGGAGUGGUAAAAAAUAAUUCCCUCACAGAACCCGUAAAACAUGGGGGAAACGCCACUGCAGACUCCUUACCAGAAAUCAACAAAAAGGUUAAAUAAAAACCUCCCUAUAGAACACUACAUCAUAUCAACGAAAAUAUGUGUCACGUUGUUAAAUAGCAUCAGUUGAUUGUUAGAUUUAUAGUGCGGUGUUAUAGUGCAACGUUCCCUCCACAGAGCUGUUGCCAUGGAAAUUCUACUUAACUUAUGAUGAUAAGCAGAUUCAUGUGUGAUUAAUCCCUGAUUUGCCGCGCAGACAGAGCUGCUGUCGCGUAAAAUACCCGACCAAUCAGAAUGAAGCAUUCAGCGGCGAGGUUAUACGGAGCUGAUCAGAUGAGAAUAUGAAGUGACAACACUGGGGGGAAAAAACCUUGGAAAACAGCCGCUAGUAUGAACGCAGGGUCCGAUUUUAAAGACGCCGUACAUUUCACUUAGUGUGGAAAAUUCUCCAUGCAUUACAUCAUCAAAGAGCUGGAAGGGUCGAGAACAAAAAGAAACUCUUAUAUCCUACUGAAAAAAAGAAUAGUUUUAACCAAAAAAAAUUUCUAUAAUGAUUUGCUUAAAUCUUGCUCUGUUUUAAAAUACAUUUCGACUGAAAAAAAACAAAACAAUCACAGACACGCAAACACAGCUGCGUGUGUAUGUGCCCGUUUGUCUGUGUAACUGCAUUCCAGCGUGACUGAGUUUGGGAGUGUGUUGAUCUCUAGGAAGGUCACAUGACCUUAAUGUUAGUGUGUGCCAUCCUGAGGGGCUCGGAUUGUUCCUGUGCGUGAGAUCGCAAGGUCUACAGCUUCACAAGCACACACACACACACACACACACACAAACUCAGUUAUAUACAGAUAUUCCAUGUUCUAGCACACUCAAUCACACACCGCUACACACACUCAUCAUCUCAGUCAGGUUUGUUCCCUUUAUUUCAAUGUUUAAAUACUUGAGUUCUUUUUUUAUUAUGCAAAAUCCUUUAUUGUUUUUGUACAUCUGUCGUUAUGUCGAGCGCGUGUGUUCCUGACCGAAGCGUGACUUGUAUAUACCUUUGCAUGCGAGCGUGAGUGACGUCUCACAUCAUGGACCGUGCGAUUACUGUGAACUAUUUAUGAGAGACGGGGAAGAAAAAAAAACAAACAAAAAAAAACCCAAGUGUGUGAGUGCACGUUAGUAUUUAUCCAUGAGCAGGCUCAUACAAUACACACACACACACACGCUCCGAUCUAAUGCACACGCAUCACAAUGCACUGUAUGUAAAUAUGUUCGUAGGUGACAAAAUGGCGCUCCGGUACUUGUGUCCUUGUGACCACUCUGAAAAAGGGAGACGUUUUGGAUUUCUUUGGCUUGGAAAAAAAAAAAGGCACUACUGUACACCUGCAUAGCAACCUGAUAUCUGAGUUUUACUUCCAUGUCCUGAUAUCGUACUGUUAAAAAAACAACAACAACAAAGAAAUACACAUCAAGGUUUGCCUUGCACGUGUGGCAAGGUUUCUGCGAGGAAACUUCACGUCCACACGUUUGCGUUGGUGGUGAUCAGGGAAAAGCUAGCGGUUUUCUUCUUACCCGCGUGUACGGAUUCCUGUGGACGAAUUGAAACAAAUUAUUUAGCGAUUGUUAGCUUGAUUCAUGAUUCCAAAGAUUUCAAACUUCUUCUUUUUUUUUUUUUUUUUUAGCAUUUUAACUUUUAGUUUCUGUUUUUAUUUUAUUCAUAGCUUUGUGCGUUUGCGUUUGUUCUCGACGUUGUUGUGCAAUUUCAGAUGACUCAUGUUAAGGAGGAACCGCAUCGACGAUGAAUGCUUGGCCCCCUUUUCACUCGCCGCCAGCAGUGCUAGGUCCUGCCCAUCUUUUUAUUUCUGUUUACAAGGUUAACACGUGAACAAACGCAAGCUGCAGCAUUAACACCGCAUCAGUAACGUUUAACAAAGUAGCUUAUAGCCAUGAGUAAACAAAAAAUAAAAAUAAUCAUUAUAAUUCCCGGUAAUGAAGAGUGUUGAAACGUGAAACACCUUACUGAACAUAUUAGCGACUGGAAAGCGAGUUUAUCUACUGCAGACUUUUGUAUUUUAUUAAACAUGUACACAUGUCAUUCUAGCUUGGGGGUUUGUUAAGUUUGAUGUUUCAGAUUUGGUCCUAGUGACUAAUACUAAUGGAACCCCAGUGUAAAGUGUUAUCCGGUUUAGUUUCUCCGGGGCGUUGUGGUUUUUGUCCAAAAUUCUGCGCCCACUUAUGCUUUUUAUCAGGGACGAGCCGUUUGUCCAAAACAAGCUUUGUGGGGGAAAAAGAAAACAUUUGAUGAGUUUACAGAUCAGCCGGUUUAUUGUAGUGGAAGCUUUGGGUUCCCUGAUCGCUUCCUAGGUGCAGUGAUGUAACGAUUUAUUUCCAUCAUUUUCUAAGAGCAUCUGCUCUUACGAGAAUACAUAAAAUAUAUUCUCAUACAUGCAUGCAUACACAAGGGGAGUUUGUUGUGCUGAAUGACGCAAAGGUUUUAAAGGAGGACAUGCGAUCCCAGACAAGGAUCGUAUGUCGUAACUUCCCCCACGGGAGUUCCUGGGAGGCCAGCGUUUCAUUUCAGAUGUUGAGUCUCAGGUUCAUACUGAGAGAACUUUCUACCUUGUUGGUAUCCACGCACUAGUGAAACACUGGGAUAAGUGCAUUAGUGUAGCAGAGAAAUAAAAGUUAUUUACGCUUAAAACUGUAUUCUGUUAUUCUGAUCAAAAGUCCCAGGUCGACUUGAACACCCCUUGUGUGUGUACAGUACAGUUCACCUGAAUGUUAUCAGAUUAAUGUUUCAUACAGAUGCAAUUCCACUGAGCCACAGUUCACGGCUGGAAAGCCCCCGACCGUCCAUCACUCCCACACAAGCCAUUGCCAUUUUGCCUCUGAUGCCAUUCAGUCAAGAGUUGCUAGCUCGUGUCGUUCGCGUUAGUGUUUAUUAAUCGCAUUAUUAAUGUUGAAGUGCCUUAAAGUGAAACACCAGAGGCAUGGUUAAAUCUUUAUCUUCCCUUCUGUUAUGUUGCCAACAAAGCCGUUCGCGUACAUUUUUACGUUUUAUACAAGUUAGGCUUGUUGAUUAUUUGACUUUUUUUUUUGUUUUUGUUUGUUUGUUUUUAAAUUAAAUUCUAGCCAAGAAAAAGUUCUUGCUCCAAACGUUUUUGGUUGAGCCAUAACCAAAGUUUAAUGAAAUGUUUAAUGCCAGUCAAGUCAGUAUAGACUUUAUUUCUAGAUCCACAUGCUCAGCUGAUGCCACUUUUACUGCACCUUCGGAAAGAACGGUUUGAGCGGACAAGAGAGAUUUCAUCACUACAUGAAUCAUAUGUAACGUCGUGACGUAUCUGGGCCACCGCUAAAGCAGCCAUAUUGUCGCUAAGGCCCUUCAUGCAAAUAGGACGAGGUCGUGAUGUGUACGCGGUUCUCUUAUUCACUACUGUUGCCAUUAGUUUUUGUUUUAUAUUUAAGUAUGCAGUAAUUUUGUCUUUUGUACCGCAGGAUUUGCUGUAGUUCUGACGCAUAUUGCACUUUGUACAUUUUGUGGAAAUGAUGUACUGUGUGUAUAUUAUGGAAAUAAACUUUUUUUUUUUUCAUUCA